ACGUGACCGGAAGCCAGGAAUGGAGCGGUUUUGGUAAAACGUUUUGAAACAUAAACAAUUUCUUCAGGUCUUUCUGUUGUUUGUCAAGCAAUGUUAACGUAGAAAUAAACAUUCCUAACAUCAGCAAGAGAGCGUUGAGGCAAUGAGGCACCUAUCAACAAAUCUCAGUGAGGAAAUUGGUUUUUAUUCCGUUUUCCCUGCCUAACCUGGCUGUUUCUGCGAGUUGGGGAUGACAGCUGGAACCAAGCUGCUUUGGCACCUCUAAUGUAACACUAAUGACAACGCCAUGGAUGAUUCCGAGCUGGAUUUUGUGGACCUCUGCUCCAAAUUGCUGAAGCGCGUCCGCAAGAAAGAACCAGGCAGACCGAGGAGGAAGGGAGAACAGCAGAGCUCCAGCCAAGCAACCCGGGGGGAGAAGAGGACGGUUGAUAAGCAGGAUGAGGAUUCUCUGUCCGGGUUUUCAGCCACUGGGUCGGAGGUGGUCUGUGGAGGAACUGGGCGUGACUCGGGGGAUGCUGUUCAGUCUUCUGCUUUUCCUCCAGCUGAAGCAGACCUGAGGGCAAAAGACAAAGUACUCCUCAGGAUGCAAGAGUUUAAGAGAGCCAGUCCACAGAAGAUGAUCCACAGUAACCGAGUCGAGCCAGCAAAGACCGACGACUAUCCUCUGACUGCACAGCAUCAGAAAUCAGAUAAGGCGGCGGCGCCCUGCUCUGAGCUCCCAGACAGUGACGAGGCGCUGGCCCUGCGGCUGCAGCGGGAGCUGGACAGGGAGGCGGCAGAGGCCCAGAUGGUGGACCUGGAGGACGGAGGCCUUUUCUUCUGUCAGAUCUGCCACCGGGACUUGUCACACAUGACCCCCGACGGGCGCACACAUCACCUCAACAGGUGUUUGGAUCAGAACGAACAGAGCGCGCCGUCUCUCCCCCCGCCCUCCGCUGUCCCCGACUGUCCCAUCUGCGGCAAGAAGUUCAAGAGCCAGAAGAGCCGCUCGGCCCACCUGAAGCGCUGCUCCGCAGACAUGGGCGUCUCCACGGCCGUUCUGCUGCAGGCUCUGCAGAGACAGGCCGAGGAGAGCCACAGUUCUGCCGUCGGCGCCAACGCACACCUAGAGACGGGCGGCAUCAAAAGGAAAGGGCCGCCUCAGUCGGAGCUUCCAGCAAGGAAGAAGCCCAGGAAGAAGGCCGACCGGCUGGACGAGGACACCAUGGUGGCUCUGGCUCUGUCCUCCUCCCUGCUGGAGCAGCAGAAGGAGCAGCAGGUUCAGAGGGGUCCGUCUCACAGCUCCGUGACUCCACUGCUGACGUGGAGGCCAGAUGCUGCUAAAGGACGUGUUAAAAAGAAAAAAGUAGCCGUCCCUCGUCCUCCGCCUCUCCUCCUAGUUCAGGACGCAGAGACGGCCCUGGCGAGGCUGCAGGAACGAGUCUCUGCUCUCUUGCUACGCCGCCGGUCGCCGUCUCCUCCCACCCCGACGCGAUGCCCCAGCAAACUGCCCGACUGGACAGGUGCUGCCCCCCUCUGGCGGAAAAGUGCACUGCUGGGUGGAGGCUCCACCUGUCUGUCUCAGUUCUAUGCUGCGGAGCUCCGGCACCUGUUUACCACGGCGGAUUUAUCAAAGCCAGAUGCGGUCUUAUCAAGCAGCAGCAACAAGCCGGAGUCUUCUGACCCACCUGCCCUGCCCUCCUGCUCCCAGACAGCGUCCUCAUCUCCCUCCACUCCAGAGACGGGUGAGCUCCACGUGGGAAGCCAGGCCAUCCGAGACCUGAUGGAGCUGGCUGAAGACGGCAUGACUCUGACCCAGUACGGAUACGCCGACAACGCCAAGCACCCCAGCGGCUUUAUCCAGGAGGAAGAGUUGGAGGAUCAGGCCGAGGCGUCGGACGGCGCCGCCAGCAGCAGCCGGGCAGUGAGGAGGUCAGAUCAGCCGGAGGCCGACCGAAACGCAGCCAGACAGGAGUCGGUGGCGCUCUCCAGGCUGUCCUCAGACCUGAGCAGCAUGGUUAACAACCCUCAGCUCAGUGACGUGCAGCUCCAGGUGGACAGUGGAGAGGUCUACUUUGCGCAUUCCUUCAUGGUGUACGCUCGCUGCCCCCUGCUGGCUGAAAUGGUGCACGAAAGUGGGUUCGGUGUGCAGGAGGAGGGCACGGCCGCAGCUCAAAGGGUGUUGCUAAGCGACGUGCCGGGUCCGGCGGUGCUGGCUGUGCUGCGGUACCUCUACACCGCCCGCUGCUCCGUCGCCGCGUCGCUGCGGCCUCACGUGCUGGAGCUGGCGUCCAGGUUUGACCUGCAGGAGCUGCAGCGGCUGUGUCGUUUCCAACCGGAGAACAUGGCGGCGGGAGACGACGGGCUCGACGUAAACCAGGACGAAAACGUCCACAACCAAACGGACCAGACCUUCGUGGAGCUCCUUCGAUCCAUGUGGAACGAGGAGGACUCGGACGGAGACGCCGGGGACUCGGACGGAGGGGGACGGUCGGAGGACGAGGUCGCCGCGGGCGACGGAGAAAUCGGCGAGGAGCGAGUGAACGAGGAGGAGCUGGAGGAGAUUUACGAGUUUGCCGCCACGCAGAGGCAGAGGGUGACGGAGGAAGAGGAGAAGAAGGAGGAGGAGGAAGAUGCGGAACCGGAACCCGGCUCGGACCGCAGCUACAGUCGGCUUUUCUCCCAGUCCUGGGGCGUCUACCAGGAUGGAGAGGCUUCCUCCUCGCCUCCUCUCCGUCCUCAUGAAGCGGCACUCAAACACUCUGCCAGGACUCUGCUUCAGUCGUCGGCAAGCGUCGCCGAUGAACCCUCCCUCAACCUUCCCGUCCCCGGGCCGUCUCCGGGGCGACCGGCUCAGGGGGACGGACACGGGAGAGGCGAAGAAGCCGCAGCAGAAAGCCAAGCUCGUCGCAGCGCCCCCCCCUCGCCUGCGAGGAGAGACGAGGCCGAGCUCAUCGUUCUGUCCGACUCCAGCGAAGAGGCGGAAGCCGAUCGGAGCUUCACGGGGAUCAAACCCGACCAGAACCCGAGUCCCAGAGAAUCGGUCUGUGGUUCCCAGUUCAGUCCCGGUGAUCCCGCCGGGUGUUCGCCGGAGCUUUCCUGGCUCGUCCCUUCCACGCCUUUCAGGUCUCCGGUCAGAAACACGAAGACCGCCUCCAUGCAGACCGACAGCAGCAUGUGCAGGACGCGGCUUUUCCCCAGAGUGGACCCGUCCCCCCUCGCCUCGCCGUCCAGGAACACAGUCCCGACCUCCAGCACUCCUCUGAAAGCCUCCGCAGAACGCAGAGUCUCUCCUGACAAACGAAAGAGAACCGAAGCGUUUGCAGCCCACCGUUCCUUUAGAGAUUCCUCAAAGCACGAGGCUCCUCCGCAGCCGCGCAGCAUCAGCAGCACGCCGCUGCAUGCGGACCCAGAGAGGCAGAGCACGUCUGGCCAAAUGAAAGCGAGGACACGUGUGUCCAGUCCUUCAGGUCAGCCCUCGUCCGCGGAGUCCAGUUUGCAGCCUGGCGUCAGCGACAUGAACCAAGUAACGUCUGUCCCAGAUGUGACGGACUCUAGUUUCCAGCAAAGUUUCAUGGACGAGCCUCCGAUAGCUUUUAACGACUCCUGGGGGCUGGACGCCUGCGGCGACGGCGACCCGGGCGGCUUCAGCCUGAAGCUGGACGACACCGAAGAGGGAGGGAGACCCGGAGUGUCCAGUCCAACAGCUACAGGCAGCGUCCAGAGCCCUGCUGCAGGUCCAGGCCCGCUGACCACGUCAGAGGUCCAGAACGACCUGCUGGACUCCAAAAUAUGGGGCAGCUGGGAGGGCGAUGGAGGAGCAGGAGAGGAGAAAGACGAAGAGGAGGAGGGUCUUCCUCCGACUCAGAGAGCGAACCCGGCGGCUCGGCUCAAAACUCCAAAAUCGAGGGAAGAGAAACGGCGGCGCCCCCUGGUGCCCAUCACCCCCACGCCUCACUACUCUGACAUGGACACGCCGGAGCUCAAGAACAAACUCAGCAGCUUCGGCGUGCGUCCGAAGCUGAAGGAGAUCCACCAGUACACCCACCAGCUGACCAGCUCUGAGGAAGAGGAGGAGGAAGAGGGGCCCCUGGGCAGGGCGGCCUCCUGCGCCCGGUUCAAAGAGCCGACGGCGCCCGCUGCAGCCGCGUCCCCCGCCAGAACGGACCGAGAGGAAGCCGGCGAUCGGCUCUCUGCCUCCCAGGGCUCAAACGCCUCCUCCUCCUCCACCGCCGCCAGCGACGAGUCGGAAAGGUCCAACCCUGAGCUGGUUCUCUCCUCCGACGGCGACUCGGACGGCGACGCGUCGUCCUCUCAGGCCGCUUCGCGCCUCCAGGACCGCCUCCAGGCGGUGCGCUCCUUCAUCCUGUCCGACUCCGACCUGUACAGCCGGAUCCUCCAGUACCAGCCUCUGGUUCUCUCCCAGCUCCAGCAGCGGCUGAAGGCGGCGGGGGUCCGCCUGGGCGCCGCCAAGCUGGUGGACUACCUGGACUCCCAGUGCAUCACCUUCACCACGGCCAAGCCGGGCCAGCAGGCGGCCGGCCGCGGGCGGGGGGCCUGGACGGGCCGGGGGGCGAGAGGAGGCGGCAGGAGGAGCAGAGCUUUAAAACGCUAACGGAGAAUUUGGAUGUUGAAAAUGUGAAGGAAAAAAAAACUGUAGAUUUUACUUGUGGAGCUUGAUGUCUGGUGAAAACUGUGUUUUUUAAAUUCUGAGGCAUUUACACCAAUUUAAACUUUGUAAAUACUUGAUUCUUUUUUUUAAAGAGGUUUUGGGUUUUUAGGAGCUCACUUUUCAUA